CUCCCUCCUCCACGCCUCCCUCCUCCGCGCUGCUGAUGUCGCGGGGUGUCGGUGCGCUCAGACGCGCUCGGCGUUCGGACUCGUAAGGACACCGAUGGCCGCGAACCGGCGGCACUGCGCUAACCAGACGAGCAGCCCGGGCUUCAGGCUCCCCUAGCGACGGCAGGACCCCGAGGGCCUGCUCCUGGAAUACCGCAUUGUUUUGUUUUUUUAAUCAUUUACCAAAAAAAAAAAACCCAGAACGGGAAUGAUGCUGAUGAUGCGCCCGCGAUGGUGGAUUUCCCUUUUGUGCGUCUGUGGGUUGAUGCACGUCGGUCAUCAGAGCAGCCCCAAAGCCCCAAACGGAGACGCCUCGUCGAGCUUGAAGGCGCUCCGCGACGCGGGCAGGUUCGUCGGGAAGGAGGACACGGUGCCUCUCCGCCUGCUCUACAGCCCGCACAACCACAGCCAGAUCCCGGAGGACGAGCUCAGCACCCGGGUGAAAGCCGGCGGCUCCACGCAGGUGAACCACGUGGCCCAAGCAAGCUUUCAAGUUGACGCUUUUGGCAGAAAAUUCCUCCUGGACGUGGAACUGAACCAUGAUCUGCUGUCAUCGGGGUAUGUGGAGAGGCAUUUGUCAGAGAAAGGAAGGACUGUCGUCACCAGUGGAGGAGAGCACUGCUACUACCAGGGGAAGCUCAGGGGCGUUCCUCACUCCUUUGUGGCUGUCUCAACCUGUCACGGAUUGUAUGGGAUGUUUUUCGAUGGCAACCACACCUACAUGAUUGAACCUGGAGGACAGGGCAACAGCAACGGAGAUGUUCGCGUUCACAUGAUAUACAAAUCUGCAGGGCAUGAGGGAUUGAAUGAUCUCCUCAAUGGUGAUUUUCCCGAGCCGCCUUUCCCCAGUCCUCCUUUUCCCGGGUCCAGAGUUGUUCACAGGAGAAAUAAGAGACAGGCUCCAUAUGUGUCACGCAACGUGGAGGAUGAGAACAAAUACAUUGAAUUGAUGGUGAUCAAUGACCAUUUAAUGUACAAGAAGCAUCGGCUUUCCGUUGGACACACAAAUAACUAUGCUAAGUCAGUGGUCAAUAUGGCUGACAUGAUUUUCAAGGAACAGCUUAACACAAGGAUUGUGCUGGUCGCCAUGGAAACCUGGUCAGCUGACAACAAGUUCAACAUUGACGACGACCCCAUGGUGACGCUGAAGGAGUUCAUGAAGUAUCGAAAAGACUUCAUCAAGGAGAAAUGCGACUCUGUUCACCUCUUCUCGGGGAAUCGUUUCCAUAGCAGCUGGGGAGGAGCUUCCUAUAUGGGAGGAGUUUGCUCUCUGACCAAAGGAGGGGGGGUCAAUGAGUACGGGAAAACCGAUGAGAUGGCCAUCACCCUCGCUCAGUCUCUGGGACAGAACAUCGGCAUCUUCUCUGACAAGAAGAGGAUCCUCAACGGCGAGUGCAAGUGUGACGACCGUUGGUCGGGCUGUAUCAUGGACGAUGUUGGUUUCUACCUGCCCAAGAGGUUCUCCGAAUGCAACGUGGAGGAGUACCACAACUUUCUGAACAGCGGAGGAGGAGCCUGCCUGUUCAACAAACCUCUGAAGCUUUUGGACCCUCCGGUGUGUGGAAAUGGCUUCGUGGAGCCAGGAGAGGAGUGUGACUGCGGCAGCCCACUGGAGUGUGCCAGAGAGGGGGAGGCCUGCUGCGACAAGUGCACCCUGACCCAAGGGUCCAAGUGUAGCAACGGACUCUGCUGCAACAAAUGCCAGAUGGAGUUCAUGGGAGUCGUGUGCAGAGAUUCGGUCAAUGACUGCGACAUCCCAGAAAACUGCACGGGCAAUUCCAGCCAGUGUCCACCAAACGUGCAUAAAAUGGAUGGCUACACAUGUGAAAAGGACCAGGGUCGCUGCUUCAACGGAAGGUGCAAAACCAAAGACAGACAGUGCAAGUACAUUUGGGGAGAGAAGGCAACAGCGGCCGACAAGUUCUGCUACGAGAAGUUGAACAUCGAAGGCACCGAGAAAGGCAACUGCGGCAAGGACAGGGACACCUGGAUCCAGUGUAACAAACAAGACAUUCAUUGUGGGUACCUGCUGUGCUCCAACAUCUCGCCUGCCCCGCGCCUGGGAGAGCUGCAGGGAGGGCUGACCUCCUUCUCAGUGGCCCGGCACAGCGCUUCUCUUGACUGCAGCGGCGGCCACGUGCUGAUCGACGGAGACACGGACCUGGGAUACGUCGAGGAUGGGACCGCCUGCGGGACGGACAGCAUUUGUUUCAGCCACAAAUGUCUCCCCAUCCAACAGUUCAACUUCAGCACCUGUCCCGGGACCACCGACAAGAUCGUCUGCUCUGGACACGGGGUGUGCAGCAGUGAGCUGAAGUGUGUGUGUUACCUGGGGUGGGCGGGAGAGGACUGUAACUCCACGUCGCCUCUCAGUUACCUCGUGGUCGGACCCACGGCUUCAGUCUCAGGUAUCCGCAGCACCAACAUCAUCAUCGGGGCCAUCGCGGGCUCCAUCCUCGUGCUCGCCCUCGUGCUCGCCGCUACGGCCUGGGGUUACAAGAGCUACAAACAGAGGUGCUACGUUGAGUCUGAAGUCCAUCGAAGAUUCUGCCGGCAAAUGCCCCCAGGUGACUAUGUAACAAAGCCUGGGGAUGCAGACUCAUUUUACAGCGACAUGCCUCCAGGUGUCAGUACGAACUCUGGCUGCAGCUCCAAGAAGAGAUCUAAUGGACUUUCCCACUCGUGGAGCGAGAGAAUCCCAGACGCCAAACACAUCUCCGACAUCUGUGAAAACGGGCGACCGAGGAGCAACUCCUGGCAAGGAAAUCUGAGCGGUAAUCGUAAGAAGCUGAAAGGAAAGAAGUUCCGCGCUCGCUCCAACUCCACAGAGACCCUUUCCCCCGCCAAGUCUCCCACUUCCUCCACAGGAUCCAUUGCAUCGAGCAGGAAGUACCCUUACCCCAUGCCCCCUCUCCCCGAUGACCCGAGGAAAGCCAGCAGGCAGAGCGCCAAGCUGUGGGAGACCUCAAUAUAAGCCUUCUCACCCACCCAGUUCUCAAGGAAAUACACUCGUCUCUCCUUUUCUACGAAUGAAAAACAUAAAAAUGAAACAAAAUUGACUCUAAGCGAUUGAAGAGAAAGAAAGAGAGCAACCACACCCUCCCCUCCCCCCUUUCCGCCCCCCUCCCCCACUGAAGUGGAAACAAGUAAAGGCGCGUAUGUGAGCGACCGUGUACGAGCAUCUCCGAGGGGCCGUCCUGCCAGGAGAAAAUCCGCCAGACUGAGCUGUCCCCCGUCUGCUCAGGACUAUCGGACUGGAAAACCUCCUCUACUCCGACCCCCCCCCCUUUUUCACCUGUCCUCAGACAUCCUCUCUUGAUAGACUUCAUAACAGCCCCCCCCCCCCAAAAAAAACUCCCUUCCUCCACUCGCGUAUUUCUGGUCGAGAAGAGACUGCGGAGCCAGGAGCAGGUCGGCGCGUCGCACUGCACUGCUCCGCGUCUCUGACGCACGCAAAUCACUGUAGAGACUCCAACACUGUAUGCAUGAGUCCCCCCCCCCCCCCCCCGUCCACCAGCAGCGUCCUCCUGCUGAGAAGACGAGACGACACAGUGGUCCGAUCUGAGAAGAACGCAUGCUACGGGGCAGUGAUUUUAAUACCUUCUGUAGGCUUAGAUGCUUCCUCUCUGCUGUAGGUAACCCAUAUUGUAUCACUAGUUAUUACCCAUAACCCCAUGACAGGGACCCGCCCCCGCCCCGCAGUAUGUUUGUGCGUGUGUAUAUAUGUACAGUAAUAAUACACACAGAGUAUGUUCCGGCUUUUACUUUGAAGGAGGACAUUGAGUGAGACCCCCGCACUCCUUCUUCUGUGUUUCUAGUCUUUGUCCAAAUCUCUUUUUUUCCCUUCCCACUGGCCUCUUCCUGUGUGACCGUGACCUCUUUAGCUUUUUUCCAUCCACAGCCGAAUGUAAAAGUGUUUUUAUAUCAUCUUUACACUCAUUUUCAUCCAUCUCUGGGAGAAAUACACAGACAUCCGGUGAUGACGGAGGGAAGUAUUGAUGUAAAUGUGGAUUGCGGCACAUUGAGAAUGCUGCUGGAAGCUGUUGUUGAUGAGUAUUAUUUAGCAAAAUUCCAAUAGUUUUAUGUGCUAUUCCGGAGAGAAACAUCAGGGAUGUGUUUGCUGUAGUUGUAGACGUUCCACUUUUCACUCACGGUGGCUUUUGGACAUGUUAAAUUGAUCAUAUUAAGAUCUUAGUUCCCCCUUGAUUCUACUUUUGAGCGUCCCGGACCAGUUUGCUCUCAUUUUCACUGUGGCAGCGCGUGAGGUUGAAUGAGGAUGAGUGUGAGAAUAAUAACGUGAGAGCAGGCGAUGACCUCAGCGGGACGAGGAACCUGGACUCGUUUUUUUUUGGAUUUAGCGUAAUGAUUGAGAUAUUUAGCCUUGUAAAUGAUUAACUAUGCUGUACAGUGCUUGCUGUUUGAGCUUGUGAGGACCGGCAGCAUGGCAGUUCUGUAAUCAGACGGCGUUGUUCCUCUGCUGGGGGGUGACUGAGGGAAGCAUCGUGUGCCACCGACUCAACUGCUCCCCCAUCACAGCGCGGUGCUCAUGUAAUGCCGGCGGAGCUAUUUAAGGUUCCUUUCCUUUGAAACUACUCCCAUCACACUCCUUUGUACACUUACAGCUCGUUGUUCUACAUUGUGUAGAAACUGUUGUCUUAAGGUCUGCUGUUUGUAAUUUUACUGUUUUUGUUCUGUUGUGGCCACCUAUUCAUUUGUACUUCAUGUAUGCGUUAGGACUUUAUAGUUAGUAAGAUCUUCGCAGUAUUGGACUUUUGUUGCAACUAGUCUCUUUUUUUUAUUAUUGAGUACCUUUGUAAUGUUCUCUUUGUUCUCAGCGUUAUGUACAGCAACGAUUCAAACGGUAAUUAAGUGCAUUAUUGUAAUGAUGUGUGUUGGUGAGUUUGAACGGAGACGGUUUUCUUUUUUUUUUUUAAACCCAUUCGUCCCGGGGCCCGUAGAAGCAGUCGUUCCUCUUGGCAUGUGCUACCCCGUAUCAUGUAAGGUUUGGACACACGUAAUGUUGUAUAUGAGUUCUAUAUUGGCUCAUCAUUUGCCUUCUACCAGCGCUUUCUUCUUGGCUUCGUCAGCGUCUAGUGGCCCAGUCACCUUUCCUGGGCUGCACCGAGAGUCACGUUUUUAACAUCAUAAUACUGUGCAACCGCAGAACAACAACGACAAGAAUAAUCUCUCCCGGUGUUACGGACUUUGCACUAUUAAGACAUUCUGAGGACUCUCCCGCUCAGGAUGGGAUCACUUGGACUGCGCUCAAUUCUCCGCACAUGUCUGCUGCGUCAGCCUGACCGCUCUGAUGGAAACGUCCCCUGUCAGAUGAGUUGUCGGUCUCCAUCUGGCCAGAGACUCGAAUGUAUUCAUGCACCACCCAGUCUCAACCAUAUGGUCUCAUUCUGCCAGACACGUCGGUUCUCCGCUGCAGGAACUGAAAAACUAGUUUGAAACUAAAUACUGCAGUUGCUGUCUUUUUUAUCUUUAUUUUUUAAUUUUGCCUGAAUGUUGUACAGACUGAUGAUGCAAAAAUCAAUCCCCAUAUUUUUUCCUCUUAAUCAUUCAGUAUUGUAAUAUAUUUAAUAUAAAAUAAAACUUUCAUCAACA